GAAUUUCACUUUUUCUUUCUUCCCUUUUUGGUAACUCUUUUUCUUUCUUCCCUGUUUGGUAACUAAACCCUAAAUUUAACGUUACUUUUUUGGGCACAAUUUCAAAACCCUUGCGUUUCCCAAAAACCAGGAUCCAUAUGAAGGUCUUCGAGAUCGAUGGAAGCACUCUCACUUUUGCCCUCUGCGCAGACGUCACCAAUUCCAAAGAACUUCUGGACUUGAUGGAACCAGAAGUAGCAUUUCUGAAUGCAUCACUUAUCCCAGAUGUUUUCCCUGUUCUAGCAGCCGCAUAUAAGACGCUUCUGGUCAAGUCCCUGGAGUCCUUGACAACACGCACUCUUCAUUCAGAGCUUGUUUACAACUAUUCAGGCUCUAAGCAUAUUACAGAAUCAUUCAAAAGGUGCGGGAUUUCUGAAAGCUCAACAUACGUUCUUGUGGCUCGUUUUGGUUCUUAUGUCGAUGAGAUGAAAUCCAUCGAGAAGCUUGUCAAGGGUAAAGAGAUUGAUUUGGAGGAAUUGUUAGGAAGAGCAAACGAAGCCCAGAUACAGAAGCACUACAAAAUACCUGGUCCGGAACUGGGAAUAUCUUCUCUUGCAGAUGCUAUUACAUGUAGGAUUGCUGCCCGCGAUGCCUUGUGACGUAGAAAAAUUUAGCUAUUUAUUUCGGGAUUCAGCCCAUCUGUAUCAUUUGUAUGCCCGUCUUGGUACCAUGUUUUUCUGGCAUACAAAUCUAGAAGCAUUGAUGAAGGUUGUAAUGUGACAAUGGAUACAGUAGAGGAGCAGGGUUAUCGCUGGCCUAUCGAAUCUUGUUGGACUUGAUUCCAAAGUCAAACCAUGUUAAAAAGUAAGCUUGAUUAUGAAAUAAGGAAAACGUGUUGGACUGUUCCAAUGGAACCAGCCACAAAGUU